UAUUGUUGUCACAGAUCAACAUGAAUUUUCAACAAAGGCUUUAAAAUUUCUCUUAAAUACUAGUCUAAAUUGAAUUAAACUCAAUUAUAUUUAUUGCAUGUUGGUGAAGGAGCAGCCCAUUUUCACAAAGGCUGAGGUCAUUUACCAUUUACAGCUCUAAAAAUGACGAAAUUUUAAGUUGGAAGUUGGACGUCUGCAUCCAAAAAUUAGGCUAACUCUUCACACUUGGAAAAUAAAUCAGGAUCAGACGAAAUGGAUUUCAUGUUCGAUUGGGACAACGAUGGAGACAGAUUUUCCUUUGAUGACAGUGAACGGUUUGAGGAAGAGUCCAUGUGCUCUUGGAUGAGUGAAACUGAGAGUUUGAACAACAACUGGCGAGGAUGGAAACGUCAGAAUGGUGGCCAGACAAGCCCUUCCUACAACAAGGCCCAAGAGGGGGAGGUGUUAUCACUGGUGGAGUUGGCCUCUCAAACAGUGGCCUGCAACAUUCCAUACGGUGUAGUGGAGAAAUACCCACAGCCCAUUCCUGAGCCGCUGCAACUGAGAAUCACAUUCUGGAGCUUCCCUGACUGUGAGGAGGACAUCAGACUCUACUCCUGCCUGGCCAAUGGCAGUGCUGAAGAGUUCCAAAAAGGAGAUCACCUCUAUAAGAGCAAGUCUGUGAAAAAUGCUCUACAGAUUGGGUUCCACCUGAGCGCAACGGUGGCCCAUCCAACCCACUUGAGCCAUCACAAGGGCAGUUUCCAGGUGGCCAUCUUGUUUGACCGCCGUCGGAUCUCCCAGUGCACGUGCACCUGUAAUAGCAAUGCUCUCUGGUGUUCACAUGUCGUUGCUGUAUGUCUCUUUAGGAUACACCAGCCUGGCCAGGUGACCCGGCGGGUGCCAGUGUCUGAGAGUCUCACCCAGCUACAUAGAGACCAGUUACAGAAGUUUGCACAGUACCUCAUCGCUGAGAUGCCAAAAGAGAUCCUGCCAAUAGCCCAGGGCUUGUUAGACAAGCUGAUAUCAGCCCAGGAAUGUGACAUGAACACCCAUAAUGGGGCACCAGACCCAACCGCAGGGGCAGAGGCCAAUGAGGAAACGUCCUGGUGCCUCGAUGAAAAACAGCUGCAUGAGAACGUGAAGAAAACACUCGUCAAGUUCUGUGUACCCUCACCCGUGGUAUUUAGUGAUGUAAACUUCCUGACGCAGACAGCACCCCCAGCAGCGGCGGAGUGGCAAAGCCUGCUGCGUCCACUGCGUGGCCGUGAGCCAGAGGGCAUGUGGAACCUGCUCUCUAUAGCCCGCGAAAUGUUCCGCAGGAGUGACCACAAUGCCAUACCCCUCCUUGAGAUCAUCACUGACGAAGUCCUACAGUGUGAACAGAUUUUAAUAUGGUGGUUCAUGACAAAGAUAACAAACAACAACAAUAACCAGCUGAGCUCCCGAUCCAGCAGUAACAGCAGCGCCAGCAUCACUCAGCAUGCUGCCUCUAGCCUCUGUGAUGAGAUUGUCAAUCUAUGGAAACUGGCUGCCCUCAACCCCAAACUCAGCCCUGUACAGAAGGAUGAAUUGUGUGCCAAAUUCAAGGAGUGGCAUUUGUCAACGAUCGAAAAAGUAAAAAGAGCUAGGAACUCAUCAAAUUCUGGAAGUGCUGGGGGCACUUUGAAAAAGUCAGAAAUAGAAAAUUUUGCUGGUUUCAAACCUGGAAUAGAAGCUUGUAUACUACAGUGGGAUGAUUAUCAUAUUCCUGGUGUUACUUACUCCGAUUCACAAAAACUGUCAUUGCAUUAUAGGUUUAACAGAGUCUUAGACUCUGAUGCCAAGAAGCCUUCCAGAAUUCAGCCAAUGGCAGUGUGUUCAGAGAAUCUUAUAAGCACAGAUGACACUACCACACUGGCUGAGGCCACUAAUAUGUUGAAUGAACACCACUCCCCACAAGACAUGAAAAAUAAACGUCACAGGCACCCUAGCAGACAAGGUCAUAGUAACAAUGAUGGUGCCAUGAGCUCUGGUUCAGAAGGGUUUUGUGAGCCCGAAAGGGGUAGUUCACUGUUCAGAGACUCUGAUUCUGGAUCAGAAAUGAAGGAGCCAAAUUUUAGGAGAAACUCACUUGAUGAUGCAGAGUCAUUUAGGUUGUAUAAUUUGAAUAUUCAAGAAUCAAAACAGCAAAAUUAUAAUCAAAGUGUAAGUCAGAGUGAUUCACAUGAAAAUGAUGAUGAUGUUUUAAUGGAGCUAGGUGGAAACGCGAGUGCCAAUGGAGAGACUGGAGGGGGGGUUGCUGGCCCAGACCAGCCAGGAGAUGGGGCUCAAGCCCAGGGGGAGUCUCUUUUUGAGGCCCAGCUGUCAGGAGAUGAGUAUUCUCUAUAUGUUUAUGAUCGAGCCAAGGCCAUUGACAUGGAGAAGAAAAGGAAGGAAAAAAACAAUGAGGAGCCCAACUAUUUUGCUGCCGUGAAAUGUUUGGAAAACAGACAAGAUAUCUCAUUUGCACGUGCGGAGGCCCUACAUGCCCAUGGUCACACAAAGGAGGCAUGUAAACUCGCCCAACAGCUGGCCGAAGAUCUUCUAGCCAACCCUCCUGACCUGCUGGCAGAGACUGCUGCAGUACCCAACAUAAAAGGUAAGCGUAAGAAGGCCCUGACAAACAUAACCCUGCUGACCAGCACCACUUUGUCAAAGGCUGCAUUCCUGGCCGGUGUUCUUCUGGAGGAACAGGAUACGUGGCACCUAGCCUUCCAUAUGGGCAUGUUUGUCCUAGAGAUGCCCCGCCCACCUGCGUCAUGCAAGGCCAUGGAGGUGAAACUGGCAUACCAAGAGACAGAGUUGCUGUCUUUGUUAAAGAAAAUUCCCCUUGGACCUGCUGAGAUGUCCAUGCUCCGCCAGCGUGCUGACCAGCUGAAGGAUGGAACCAUCAAGUCACGGGGAGAGGCUUUGCUGCCCCUCACCCUCGCCAGCUUCAUAUUUGAUGCCCUCUGUCUGGGAGCGUGCCCAAUGACGUCGACCAUGCCUGGAUGUCGCCAUGUGUCCAUGGUGCCCUGUAGACAGUCGGGAGAUGAGAAACUUGGCUUUGAGGGAUGUGUUGCUGCUCUUGGUAUGAAGGCGAACGUGUCGGAAGCUGACCACCCGCUGCUGUGUGAGAGUACAAGGAAACAGCGGGGGGAUCUCACUAUGGCCAUGCUUCUAAACUACAAGGAUGACAUUGCAAAACUAAGCAAGAUUAUGGACAAACUUCUCGACAAAGAGGUUCACCAGCAGUACAAGGCACCAAGUCUGAUGACAUAUCUGACCCCACGACAAGCCCCCUGCCACACCCCUACCACAUCAACUGGGGGGAGCAGGGACCAGCAGGAAAGGCCCCAGAACCCAAGAGGGGCAUCAGGAACCUCUCGCAGCACCAGGACAUCUGAGCUUGAUGAGUUCCCUGCUCCUGAUGAUCAAAGGCAUCGUGGUGGGGCAUCAGGUGGCUUGGGGACGACAGGAGCUAGGCCAAAGGCGUACACGACCAUCACAUAUGGACUUAGCCGAGACACAGACAGUUCAGCUGUUGAAGAGGAAGGAGACAACUACAAGCAGUUAGAGGCCAAGCUACGCUGUAUGGCGCUGAAGAAGAAACCUUCCUCAGGUCGCGCAGCCAUAGACAGCAGUGCCCCAGAGACCACCAGCAGUGACAACUCUCCCACCCUGGUACGUAGGGUGUGGGGCAAGCAUCAGGGACCGGGGAGCGACAGUGGCUCCAGUGGGGACAGUGACUCCCUUGGUUCCUCCAGCUCCGGGGAUAAGGCUGAGCUUAGGACUAAACUGAGGGAUGAAAGCUCACAAGCUCAAAUCAACAGUAGAAUAACUGCAACUUCACAGUUUAUAUUAGAUUCAAGAAGCUCUACUCCAAAUCUUAAGGGAAUCAGGUUCAAGGGUAAGCGUAUAAUGCCUACUGUGCCAAACCAGCCAAGCGAGGCGUCGGCCCACUGGAUGUGGGAGGUAGCCAAGAUGAUUCUGAACAAGGCUGGGGGCUCGAGCUCCACAUCCCAGUUCAUCCAGCCGUCCAACACAAACCAGCCAUCUGGCCCACACAGGAACCUCCAGCUGUGCUCAUUCCAGAUCGGCCUGUAUGCCCUCGGCCUGCAGAACUGCGUGGCUCCCAACUGGCUGUCCAGGACUUACUCCUCACAUGUAUCCUGGAUUACUGGUCAAGCAAUGGAGAUAGGCAGUGCAGCCAUCCAUAUACUGAUUGACACUUGGGAGGGUCACCUGACACCACCUGAGGUUGCCUCCCUUGCUGAUCGUGCAUCAAGGGGGCGGGAUCACCAUAUCGUGAGAGCAGCAGCAGAACUUGCCCUGUCCUGUCUACCACAGGCACAUGCUCUAAACCCCUCCGAGGUGCAGAGAGCGCUGUAUCAGUGUAAGGAGCAGAGCAAAGAAAUGUUGGAGAAAGCUUGCCUUGCUGUGGAGGGAGCAGCUACAGGAGGUGGUGUGUACCCUGAAGUGUUAUUCCAUGUAGCUAAACGCUGGCAUGAACUGGCUGAGGAGGCAGCUAGCCAGCCAGGUGGGGUAGAGUCUGGGAGGGCUGAUGGACAUGAGAGAGGGAGACCCCGGUCAGCUCCAUUGGCCCCUGUCACUGUGUCAAGCCCAUCGCAGGGGGCUGAGGGACCCAGCCCUGUGAAUCUGCCAGUUAUUCCAUUCAGCAAUACUCCGCCGAAUGCCAGCCAUGUGGCAGUAUCUGCCGCCCAGCUGUUGACUCACAAUGGCCAGCCUGUGAUGUUGCCAUUCCCUAUGCCCCCAGUACCCCAGCCUAGUCCUCACCACCCACACCAUCACAUGCAGCAACAGCAGGCUUUUGUUCAGCCAUAUAACAUCGUUCAGCAAAUCCAUCAGCCAUUUGGAGCGCCACCAUUACAACAGUCCAUACCCAUGCAUCCCCAGACCAUGCCGCCAUAUGUGACAUUCACCUAUCCAAAUCCCAUCCAGUACAACGGAAUGCCACAACAAGCCCCUGUCUACUCCUCUGCAGCAGCAUACCGCCCUAUGGCCCCAGGCCCCAUUCCAACUCAGGCCCAAGGACAAGGGGUUCAGGUCAUACCUAGUCAGAAUUGCCAAAUGUCCAACCUUCCAGGAAUGCUGCCUCCACCACCCCAGGCACCACUUUCGAUGGCUCACCCACCAAACAUGAGUGGGGAAGAUAUAGGUCACCACCACACCCUCACUAACCCACACAUAAUGAAUCCUACUCAGACACAUUACCUGCAUGCUGCAUUUAGGGUGGGGAUUCUUGCCAUGGAGACGCUGGCAAGAAGAGUACAUGAUGAAAGACCACAGACAAAGUAUGCCAAAAAUCCACCCAAUGGAGAAGAUGUUAAAUGGCUACUGAAACUGGCUAUGAAAUUAGGAACUAGUUACCUGCAGCAGUUUACCCAGAGUGUUGCAAAUGCUGUAGUGAGCCCUUUCCUGCUGUACGACAUUGCCAUUGAGGCUGCCCAGGUGCUUGCCAGGAACAAUCCUGUGGCCGUCCAGAGCCACCUGCGGUCCGGCAUACUCCAUCCACUCGUGCAGAAAUGUGUUCAAAUGUUUAUCCAAUGUGCCCACCAGAGAAUCCACCAUAUCAAUCCAUCAGAGUACGAUGACUUUGUUAGCAUCAUCUGCAGCGCGCGUAACGUGUUCUACAUCACUCCUGGAGGCAUGGUCCAGUUUCAGGAGCUUUUACAGUCACUAAGGAGAACCAAAUCGUGUAGGAAAGAACUCUGGCAGAGAAUAAUGAAUGGCCUCGCCACUCCGGUUAGCUUAUGAUCCUUCUUCUUGUUAGAUUUGAAUGGCUGUUUUAGAUUUGAUCAGUUCUAAAAAUGCCUGGGGAUUAAACACUUGUGUUUUAGCUCAAGAUGGCACAGUUUACUUGAGUAAAUGGUGACACUUGUUCUGUUCUCAUACACGUCUUAAAAUUACUUUUUAGGUUUCAAAAUUUUACUAGAUUUUUAUGUGAUAAAGAAUGACAAAAGAAAGAACUCAGAAUAGGUGAUUUCAUUUCAAACCAUUUUUUUAUAAAGAUUGUGAGUUGUAAAUUUUAUUGAAAGUUUAUGUAAAAUGUGUGGUUACCACAUGUCAGAUAUGAAUUUCACAUUUAUUUGUAUUUAGUGUUGGAUGAUAUUUUUUCCCAAUGGGAUUGUAGUAUUUUCCAAAUCUAAUGUACAGGUUUUUUUUAUGAAUCAGCUGUCGAUGAUUAUUGAUUCUAAUCAAAUGAAUUAGAGGCUGGGCCAACAGACAAAGCACAAUUUUGCACAUUCACCUGGUUCACGUUUGUUAAUGUACAUUCACCAUAUCAAAGUUGUCACCCAACAUGUUGGGCCUGAUAGCGUUUAUUGACUAAUGUACAUUAACAAACUUGUCUUAUACAAGGAAAGAACACAAAAACUAGACUGUGCCAGUGUGUCCUUCAUGCCAAUGUAUAAAUGUGGAAAACUAGAAAAAGAAAAGAAAUAUCAUUGUAUAAAGUUCAUUAACACCUUUAAAAUAAUUGAUCCAGUAUAUUUAAGUUGUUUACAGUAGUUUAAAAUAGUAUUUGCUUUGUAUACUUGCUGCUAGCUGUAUUUAUUGGGAUUAUAAUGACUCAUUGCAAUUAAUUUCGUAGUUUAUUUUGUAAUCACACUAAAACAAUGAAUGUGUUGUUAAGAUAAAGAAAAAAAUAUUUUUGCAGGGAGACUAAUUUAAUGUACAAAAGAAUGAUGGGUCUUUUAUGUGUAAAAAAUGAAUAAGCUUUAUUGUUUAAACUGAAGUGUAAUUAUAUGCAUUAUAUUUUUACAACAAAUUUCAUACUAUUAUCCAUGUGUUUUUCAUUAUUUAUUUCUGGUAGGUUAUAUAUAUGUAAUCAGUUUUGAAGUCUGUCUUCUAAAAAAGAGUCUACUAAAUUUUGUAUGCAAAAAGCACUGUCAUGGUAACAAUGAAAUACUCAAACAUGUGGAGAUAUGUAAUGUUGCACUUUAUUCUAUCAAAUUGACAUUUCAUUUUACUGAUCAACUCGUAUUGAAUUAGUAUUUGUUGCACACAUGAUGUACUAUUAUAUGGUGAUUAUGCAACAUCUGUUACUUGUUCUAUUUGUCAUCUUUUGUUUGUUACUUUGUUGAAGUUAUAUAACAUGGAAUGAAAUUAAGAACUCCUUUAUUAAGUUCAGAAGUGUUGACUUUCCUUCAGAAACAUUCAGGGCUUUUUCUGCCCAAUUUGGGAAAAAGACCCUAGACAUUUUGGGAAAUUUUGCGUUGUGAAAAUGCUGAAAUUGGGAAAUUUUACAGUUAAACGAAAAAGCUAUCUAGUCUCCAGCGAAUAGGAAAUGGUUUUAUAUUAGUUUAUUUCCCUUUAAAAUAACCAAAAUGGCUGAAAUAUUAAUCCUUAGGUGUAAAUAUCUAUUGCAAUAAAUCGAUCAUGACAGAUAAUAUUUUAUACAGAUAUCUGAAUGUGAUGAAAAUCAAUGAUUUCCGAAUUCAAUUAUCAAAAAAACUUUACAUCACAUAAUUGAUAUGAUGUUGAAAAUGAUCCAGUACAUGUAAAAAGACUUUCUAAAAAAAAAAAAAAAAAAAAAAAAAAAUAUUUUGAUGGGGAUUUUUUUCUGAAAAUUGGGAAAAAUAUCUUAUAUUUUGCUUUGGGAAUGGGUCCGAUAGUCGGACCCGUGGGUACUAUAGAAAAAGCCCUGAUACAUCAUUUAAUGGAGUCACAAAAUGACUUUUUUUUCCUAAGGAGAUGUUUGACUUAAUGUUACGAGAGAAUUUCCCUUUAAUUAUAUUUUGUUAUUAAUAAAAGAAAAUUAUUGGGUUAACAGUCUUAAAAAGUACCUACUUCUGUCAAGAACACUUGUUCACCUAGUAUUACACCGAACUACUUAAAAUAGUACUGCAGCAUUUUCAUAUUUGUGACUAUGUAUUUCAUAGCAUCAGAUUUGACAUGUUUCUUUUUAUAUAUAUAUAUGUUUUAUCUGUUACAAGUCGUCAUAUAAUACAUAAUUUUAUUCAACAAAUUCAGAAAUGUUUUAGUAUGCUAGUCUUUCGCGAGCCACUAAUAUAUUUCCUGGACGUGUUGAAUAAAUAAAAUUAUGCGUUUUAUAUGAUGACAAGUGUCAGAUUAGUUUUAUCAUAUGCUUUUUCUGGUCAAAAAUAACAAAAACCUACCUGUUCUGCCUGCGCUGGUGAUAAAGCAAACACCAUAUAGCAACAGCAAUUCCUGCGGUACAUGCAUUGCAGAAAUCUCAUAACCGAAAGAAUUAAAUACAAAUGAUAUAUCCAAUUGCUUCAAUUCCAUUUAAGAGUGGAAAGAAAUUUAAGGGUUUGUCCAGUAAGAAUAAAAAUAACAGUUAAUUUCUUUGGUGAAAUCAAGUAACCAUUUUUCCAAUUAAAUUUAUUACAAACAAUUGGAGUGAUUUAUUUUUUGAUCAAAGAAUUAAAGCAAGAUAUGAUACAUGUGUAGUAUAAAAAAAUCAUUGUAGUGGCCAUAUUAAAUUGGAAACAUGGUGUAGCAUGUGAUGAAGGUCAUUGCUAUGUUUUUGCAAACAUCGAAAAAGAUUGUUCAUUUAUAUAAUUUAUAUCUUGGUUAUUGUUUUGAUAAGUAAAGAAGUGGGGUUGUUGUUUGUUCUGUUAGAUGAAAGUAAUCAUGAAAUGAAUCAUUUAAUUUAAAUACUACGUGUUUUCUGAAUUUGCUUUUUAAAAACUUAGAAGAAAUACAAAAGGCACAUAUAACUAAAGUAAGCUAAUCACAAAUAUAAGUUUUGGAUAGAUGCAGAUAAUUCACAUGAAACAUUCAAUAUUUUAUUUUGUUUAAAUAAAAAAUUGUAAUCAUCAAGGGCAGUAAUAUUUAAACAUCAUUAUUCAUAUCAAUUAAAGGUUUCCUAUUUCAGUGUUUUAGAGGUUAUUGUUUUGCUAGAAUCUUAACUUUAGUUUUUUAUUCUUAUGUAUUCCCCGAAAGUAUAUUGACUAACUAAGGUGGAGACUAUGUUUGCUACAGAUAUGUGUAAGAUAUAAGAUUGUAGAUUGUUAUGUUGUUUGUUGUAGCUAUAAUUGUUCAACUACAUCAGAUUGAAUUAUUAUUGGAAAAUCUCAGGAACUUUUCUUGCCUAUACAUAGGCACCAAGUUGUGAAUUUAUCUCAUGAAAAUGAUAUGUCACAUUCAAACAGAGAGGUUUAACCCUUUAGCACAUAGACAAGUGGCCAGAUUACACCUCCCAGUCAAUAGCCAUCUUACUGAUAAGCAGUCCUUAUCUGCAUAGGCACUUUUCUGGAUAUUUGAAAAUGAGAAAAUGAAUACAGCAGUAUGACCUUAAAAUCAAUGUUACUCCAAAUAAUUGUGUCCAAAUCUUUUUUAUGUGAAUUCAUUUUUUAUAGAUAAUUAAAUUAUCUAAUAAAUGGUGUCAAUGAUGAAAUAUUAAAUUAUUUUAUUUCAGCUGUGAAUGUAUUUUCAAGAUGGAUUUGUAACAUUUCUUUGAAAUGUCAUAAUUGCAUUAAAUCACAGGGUAAUAAAAUGCUGGGAUCGAUCUAAUUUUUAUUACCCCUAUCAUAAAAAAGACCCAUCUGGAUUAAAAAGCCGACAAUUUAUGUUCUUGUGUAUUAAUACACAGACAUAUGUCAGGAAUAUCCGGUGUCAUCCAGCUGAGAGAUCCAGUCCAAGGUGUCUGUUUAACUUUAUUACCCCCUCAUAAAAUUGUUUACAAAAAAAGAAAGCCGAUAAAUGAUUUUCCGGUAUGAAUAAAAAGAUCUAGAUCAAACAAAACGCUUGCACAUGACCUAUUUUACAGCCAAAACUAUGAUGGACAUUAUAUAAGCUUCACAGAAAAUUUACCCAUCAUUUUCUCAUUUACUAAUUGUUUCUUUUGUUUGUAAACAAAAUAUUACCUUUAAGUAAAUAUAAUCUCAAUUGAUUUUAAUGGUAAACUGAACUGACGUAAUAUAUUUAAUGAUUUACGCAUCAAUGAAUUUGGGGGAAAUUCCAUACAGUACUUAGCUCGUGGUCUUAUUACGUCACAAUGGGAUAUCACACCUGCGAUUGGGAGUAUAAACACCUUCUCAAUUUAGCAGACGAUAUUUUCAAGGGAAAAUCAAUACACAAAAGGUUAAACUUUAAUUUUAUAAACAUCCGGGAUAUUGUUUACAAAAAGAAAGAUGCAAAAUUGAAAUAUUGAAAUGACCCUAUUGAAAUAUGCGGGCCAUGCGUUUACAUCCAGUAAUGGAUACGGUCGGCCAAAUGCGUAUACAUCUGGUAAUGAGCUAUGUCGGCCUAUCUCGUAUACAUGCGCUAAAGGGUUAAUAUGUAUUUUAAAUUGAAUGAUAUAUAAAUAUUAAUAUAUAUUUAUGUCAGAAAGUACAUGUUUAAAUAAGCACAUCUUCAUUUAUAUAAAUUGCUCAUAAGAUUUUGUCAGUGUAAAUUUUAUGUUUUUUUGGGGUUUUUUGGAUAUGGAUCAUUAUCAUUUUUUGAAGGCCAAGUUCAGAUCUUUUCGAUGUGUUGACAAAAUGCUGAUGAGCUAAAUUAAUAUUUCAACACAAAGGUUGUUGAUUCUUUAAAUUAAAGAUAUAGCAUAAUAGCAUGACAUGACAUGGCUAUAAAUGAAGUGUUUUUUCAUUGUGUUGCCUGUUUAAACAAACAUGCAGCUGAAUAGACCAGGUCCUGAGACCGUUAACAGUUCAUCACACUAGAACACACAUCAUCAACAUGAUUUGUACAAAUAUUAUGAAUAAUCAGCAAAAUUGUUCUUCUGCCAUAGCUUCGUUGGUGUUAAGUGAAGAAGAGUUCCUGUUUGUCUGUACAUAAUGAAUGUUCAUUACAGUGUGAAUGCACCCCUCAUGAAUAUGCAGAGUAGUUCCUAGAUCUCAGAUGGUUAGCAAUUCAUGUACCCACUUUGUUUUGUGCGUGUAUUUUCCAAGCAUUGUGUGUUGUCAUGUUGAUUGUACCAUUAUAGGAAAUCAUAAUAUGUUUCAAUUGUAACACUGGCCACAUACAUUUUAAUGCCUUUUGUGCAUUUUCCAUAGUCCUUGUUGAUAAUUAUUUUGUUACCCUGGUAUUCAAUAUUUUCUUUGUUGGACUUGGAAGGUCAUUUAUAAUAGGUUCUCAAAAUAAAAUAUAUAUUGGCAAAGAUAAAGGGCUUUAACGUGUUGCCUAGUAGAACGUGUUGCCUAGUAGAACGUAUGAUAGUAGGUUAUCAAAUAACUUUAUAGGUGAACUAAGAACAUGUUUAUUUUGUCUGUAUAUUUUGUGAGUUUGAUCAGAUUUUACUAUUAUUAUAAUACUAUCUGAAAAUAAUUUUUGUCUUGUGAUUUUGCAAGUGAUAAAAAAAGAAAAUAUAAAAUUUUCUGUAAUUGUUACUAUUAUAAAUUUGGUUGUUAUUAAAUAAUUUGUAUCCGAUUCUAAUUUUAAUAUACAGUUUUGUUUGCUCUAAAAACUCAUGACUGAUCAUUGAGAAACAAUUUACAAAAUCAAUGUGGAAUCUCUCUAAGAGUAUUCAUUUUGUAACAUUAAUAUUAAAACUUUGCAUCAGUUUUGUACAAUGCUGUACUGUUAUUUAGAGAUUGUAUACAAACUCAUUGCUGAAUAAUUCCCAUUUAAAGAUUGAUACAAAAUUUGAUGUUUAAGUAUGAUUUUAUGUAGUGCAAAAAAUGCUGUAUUUGAUUCAAGAUAUUUAAUUGAUUAUUGUAAGUCAAACCAAUUAGUCAUUUGUCAGAUAUAUCACCUCCACUAGUCAUCUUGUUCACGAUUUCCUAGUAGGUGAUCCAUGAAGGCAAGCUCUUUAGUUCUUGUUGAAACAAUAGAAAGGUUGCGAAACACUUCUUGUACUUCUUGUAGUUAUCUGUACACGAUAAAGAUGCAUUGGCGUUAAAAGUGGUUUCUUGUUUACACAUGUACUGGUAGACUCUUUAACUCUCGUAUAAAACCCUUUUCUCAUGAUUUAGUAGUUUUCAUUACUGUUAACCUUGCACAAACCUACAAAUACCUGUUAGACGUAGAUUACAACUUGACCUGUGUCCAGGAUAUCGACUACACUCUUGCAUCGAAACCUGUAUACCUGGAUGAUGUAGUGCACAGAAAGUAGAUCCCACAGUACAUUCACCUGAACAGUUAGCAUUUCGCAACCUCUCUAAUGCUGCAGUGUACCUGCUCGUAACUUUAUCUACAUGUCUAUGAAACACUGCUCAUGACUCAUUAUUAUUAGGAGUUAAAAUUUUCAAAAAAGCAAAAGUUCAUGAUAAUACCAUUUUCAAGUUUUACUUUUAACAAAAUAAGAAGUGUCAAGAAGUGUACUUUAAGUUCGAUAAAAAGUCUUCAUAGCACUUCUCUAUGUUUUUAUAAUAAAAUUAAGACAUACUGCAACAAUUUAGAUGUAAACAUUCGAAAAUUUUGCUUGAAAGUUCAUCAGUGAACAGUUCUACAUGGAGUUCUAUUAUUGUGUAUGACAUGACUAAAGAAAUGUGUCAAAUCAUGUCCUCAUGUAAGCAUUACUUUCCUGACCGAACAACAUCUGUCACCAGGCACCACCCCCACCCGGUCAUGACCCGACCAUGUUGUCAUCAUCUCUGUCUUGACAUACAAAUAAAACUGCAAUAUCA